UGACUCAUAGGGAGAGGACGAGUUGCUUCACUACACUUCUCCUUUUUCUGGUUCAAACAGCAGCCAUUGCAUUGUUUUUUUUUUCUUCAUCUCCAGUCUUUUUUUUUUUCAGCUGCUGCGACAAAGAGGUGUGAGGCUGUCCGGUGGUUCACACAUUCAGACAGCUUUGUCCCCUUCUGAACGCAUCUUGGAUUACCCCCCUUUUUGCCUUUUGUUGUCCUUUUUUUUCAUUGGGUACUGUGAGCGGCACUUGUUCGGUUGCUAUUAUGGACACGGCCGCCCAAUUCCUGUGUCUUUGAGGUGUAGAUGCUCACGGCGCAGCGGGACCCAGCCUCCGAGUCAGAGACGGACGAGGCUGCUCCCACCUGGGCUGCAACACUCUUCUGAAACUUGUGGUCUCUCUGCCGGAGCGCUGCCCGCCCAGAUUAGAGAGGAAGAGGACAAGAGCGAAGGCAUUUCGUGAGGUGAAGCUGAGUCUCGGGAGCCAGGAGUGGUCGUAGGCAGGAUCAUUCAGCCUGCUCCCUUCCCUCUGAACUAAACAUGACUACUGCAGUGCAGCCCAGUGAACUGGUGUUUGAAUUUGCCAGCAAUGGGAUGGACGAAAUCAACCAGGUCUGCAGUUAUUUCAUCCCCACAACCGUGUCUGAAUCCUGCGGAGCAGGAUUGAUUCUCGACGACCCGUCAGUGUUCCCAGCUGUGAUUGUUGAGCAAGUGCCUACUGCCGAUCUGCUGCAGGUCUACUCGGGCCUGGAGUCCGACGAGGUGACCAAUGGCAUCAUGGUGGACAGGACGCUCCACGCUGUGGAGGAGCCUUCCAUCUUGGUGGGCGGGGUCGACCUCUCAGAAACAACAGUCUCUGACCCCGAGGACAGCAUGGAGACGAACGAAGCUGCAGCAGCUCUUCUUAACAUGGAGUCUCCAAACAACAUUUUGGACGAAAAGCGUAUGAUCCUAACCUACGGCACUCUGCUGGAGUCAGACUUGACAUAUGCCCCCCUGAGGCCUGACCAGAUGGAUAAUGGAGCCCUUGACAUGUCCCUAGACGAGGACACUUCAUCAAUUGAUGAGAUACCCCAAAAGGGUCCUUUAAAACCUCAGAAACAAAACAAAGUGCGUAAGCCGCGGGCGGUGAGACCCUGCUCUCCUAUCACCACCCCUAACCUACCACUCAGGAAGAAGAGCAAAGAGGGCAAAGGCAACACAAUCUACCUGUGGGAAUUCCUUCUGGCUCUACUGCAGGAUAAGAACACUUGUCCCAAAUACAUAAAGUGGACACAGCGGGAGAAAGGCAUCUUUAAGCUAGUUGACUCCAAGGCUGUUUCAAAGCUGUGGGGAAAACACAAGAACAAGCCUGACAUGAACUAUGAGACCAUGGGAAGAGCUCUAAGGUAUUACUAUCAGAGAGGUAUCCUGGCCAAAGUGGAGGGGCAGCGGCUGGUCUAUCAGUUCAAGGAGAUGCCAACAGAUCUGGUGGUGAUCGAGGACGAAGACGGAGGUUCCGAUGCCAACGCCGGUUACGGAAAUCACAGAUCUAGCAACGGGCGGCCCGUGGUCCGCGGAGGGUCCAAAGGGCACGGGAGGGCUCAUGGUCAGCACCAAGGCUCAGUGAAGAACAUGAAGAAGGAGCCUAGCGAUGAAUAUCUGUACCAAGAAACUAACGGACAGGCCGAGCAGUACCUUCACUCUGUCCACAUGCUGCAGGGCAACCAAGGGUCGACAAUUCAAGAUCAAGCGAUGAGGGCCAUGGCUGCUCCUGCGUCAGUUCCCAUGGUGCUGACUUCUCCCGGCUCCCUCCAGUCUGUUCCUCUCAACUCUCUCCUGGCCAACGGGGACUCCUGCAACUCCUCGCCACCUCGGGUCAUCCUCCAUACCAUGCCCUCCACCACAGCGGGCGGCAAAGAUGUGCUCACCCUCCAGACGACCCCUCUAGCAGGUGGAGCCAACAGCCUGCAGGACGGCCUCUCCCAGCACCUCCUGGUCACAAGCCUUGGCUCCUCCACCACCUGCUGCACUUCUACUGCAGGAGUCAUUAGCUCCAACGCUUCCAACCUCGGCAGCCUCCAACGCCUGGUCACCAUCAACACAGCCAGUGGGCCGACCAUGGUGGCACAGCAGCCCGGCACCGUAAUUGCCACAGUGCUUAAAUCCAGCGACCUGCCGGGUCUGCAGGUCAAAGAGGAGUUGCUGGACCCCAGCUACUUCCAGUCGAUGGUGAACGGUGAUCCAUCACUGGCGGCAAACACGUUUGACAAAGAAGAGAUUGAGAUAGGGGAGGCCGAGCUGCAGUACAGGACUGUGAUCAUUGAUACCAGUCAAAGCCAGGCCUAUGAGGCAGCGAGUGAAACUAUAAUUAAUGGACGUUUCUCACAGAGCAGCAGCCCCAGCGAGGGUCUAACCCCUGUGGAGGAGCUGGAAGUGCGUGGGGAGAUGUCCCUGCAGCCGGAGCAGGGAAUAAAAGGCCUGCAGGAGCUGCCAAUGUCUGUCCAAUUGCCUGCCAACUUUAUCCAGAUAAAGACAGAGCCUGCAGAGGCCUAGGGGCUGAAAGAACCAAAAACAACAACAAUUGAAUUCCAUUUUUGACCACAGACUUAAUAUUUUUCUUUCCGUACCGCAGUGAUCUGAUCACAGAUCAGAGCAAGGGCUCUCGUAGAAUGUUGCUCUUAAAGGUUGGUCAGUUCAGCCUCAGGAUUUUUUGUUUACACACAUAUGUUGUGACCAUGUGCCUAAUUUUUUAAAAAUCAAGGGAGUAGUGUUUUAGAAGAAGACAUCCGUUUUCAGAUUUGGGAUUAUUUCUAUAGACAUUGACCCCAACGGACAUACAUUUACAUUUACACAUCCACGCACACACAAACACCCACAACCACCUCCCCUCUAGGAGAACAGCCAUUGCAUAGACCAGGGAUCCCUGUCCCACCAAAUGUGCCAGUUAGUCAUUUUCUUACCUCACAUCUAAUCUGACAUUUUUGUUUAAAGAGAAGAAUGCAACAAACCAAAACUGGGGACCGAAUGCCAAACGGUGCAAUGAAAUCAGACUUCUGAGAACAUGCAACGUGUGUGUGUGUUUUUAUUUUUAAA